GGCAUCGUCUCACGGCUUUUGGCCCCUCGACUUCUUGAAGCAUAACCGAGGGUCUACACACGUGACUUCUGCCGAUACUCGGUCUUUGUAAUGUAUAUCAAGUCGAUUGCAGACCCUGUGCCCUUAAAUAUGCAUACUGAACUGCCCAUUGCACCAACCUUACAUUCACCAUGCGAGUCCUCGAAUUCCUUGCUUCGAUCGUCUUUCUUCUUUGCACAGGUGUCCUCUCCACGAACGUCUCAGUGCCAACUGCACCUGCCCUUGAAUAUAUGUACACAGCUUUCGCCGACUGCAAAGCGGGAAUCUUUACAGCACAGACAGCCAAAGGCCUGCGAACAGCCAUCCCAAUCGUCGGCGGCAAUUUCACCGGUCCACGCUUGAAUGGAAAGAUCCUGAAUCUCGGUGCUGAUUGGGGACUCACCGAUCCUCAGACGGGGAUCUUCAGCGCAGACACACGAUACAAUCUGCAGACAGAGGAUGGUGCCAACAUCUAUAUCCAGACAUCCGGAUCAAUACAGCCGGAUAAGAAGCUGCACUUACGACUGGUUUUUGAAACAGGCGACAAGGAAUACUACUGGUUGAACUUUGUGACUGCGGUUGGCUUUCUGCAACCCAUUGUGGUAUACGAAGACGGCUCAUACACUUUGCGCAUUGAUGUCUGGAAUCUUGCCAACGAAUAUAAAAAUACGACAUUCGUGAACGGCACUACCUACUAGCACCAAAGCGGGAGCGCGAUAGUUUUCGAUUGGUAUUCGAGAAGGACUCUUGGUCAUAGGGCCACAAUCUUGUCAUUCUUGAUGUUUGCGGAAAGAGAAGAGAGGUGGUACGAGAAGUCAAACUGCGGGGACAAUAUAGCACACAUUCUAGCGGCGAUCUGUAUUAUUCCAUCGCAUGUUUGGUGUUGCGGUAUCAAGGGCAAAUGUAUAUAACGAGUGUAUUGUGUUCUGUGUUGUCGUGUUGCUUGUAUCUUUGCUAUCCAAGGGUCGCUGCG